AUCCAAAUAACAUUGAAUCACCUUUAACAAAUCCAACCCGAUCUAAACUUUUAUAUGUUCACAAAAAUAUAACUAACAAUUCAGAAAGCUCUGGUACUUCAGAUAACAACGUCCAAUCGUUAAAAUGCAAGAGAUCUAAUGAAUUGAAUGAAACUGCUAAAAUGGAUAACACUGAUAAAACGAGUAAUGUUGAUUACACUAAUAAUAAUAAUUCUGAAGACCAAUUAAAAACAAACCCGCAUGAUUCUGUUCAAGUCAAUCAAGAAUUUGAAGACAAAGUCAAAAAAUGUAAUACACAAAUCUGCAAUCAACACGCAACUCGAAUUACAUGCAGUACGAAAAAACCAAAUAAUUCAACUACAAAUUCUGAUAAAGAAUAA